CUAUGAGAUAAAAAGUGAUUUGUGCCAUGAUUUCAAGCCGAAUUAUUUUGCGGUCUGCUUCUACCAAUAGGUUCACCACAGGACCAGGUCUAGAAGAUUUCAUAAAAGGGUCGUCAACGGACAGCGAGUGGAAGUCACCAUUGUCAAGAUCCACCUCUGCAGAAAGACUUCGAAUUCCGUACUGGCUUAAAACGCAGAUCCCUAAUGGAAACAAUUAUAAAAAGAUUAAGGAGUCAUUGAAAAAUUUGAACCUCGCAACUGUAUGCCAAGAAGCAAAGUGUCCGAAUAUUGGCGAAUGUUGGGGUGGAGGCGAUAGUCAUGUAUCAACUGCGACUAUUAUGAUUCUCGGAGACACAUGCACGAGAGGGUGUCGGUUUUGUUCGGUGAAAACCGCAAAAGCGCCGCCGCCUCCAGAUCCCCAUGAGCCCGAAAACACAGCCUAUGCGAUUUCCAAAUGGGGCGUCGACUACAUAGUUUUGACAUCAGUUGACAGAGAUGACUUGGAAGACCAGGGUUCUGACCAUAUAGGGACAACGAUUGAAAAGAUCAAAGAGUUUUCGCCUAGAAUGUUGGUCGAAUGUCUAAGUCCGGAUUUCAGAGGCGACUGGAAGUGCGUGGAAAGGGUUGUAAAUAGUGGUUUGGAUGUGUUCGCUCAUAAUAUUGAGACUGUAAAGUCUCUACAGAAACGAGUGAGAGAUCCAAGAGCCAACUACGAUCAAUCUAUGGGUGUUUUAAAAGAAGCAAAGAGGGUCUCAAAUAAUCCUAAUUUGCUGACAAAAACAUCGAUCAUGCUUGGCUUGGGCGAGGCAGACGAGGAAGUUUUUCAAACCAUGCUAGACUUGAGGUCAAAUGGUGUUGAUUGCUUGACCUUGGGUCAAUACAUGCAGCCUACUAAGAGGCAUUUGAGAGUCGAGGAGUUUGUGACUCCUGCUAAAUUUGAUUAUUGGAAAGAAGUUGGAGACAGUCUGGGCUUUGUGUACACAGUCUCUGGACCUCUAGUCAGAUCAUCUUACAGAGCUGGAGAGUUCUACCUGAAAAAUAUUAUAAAGAAUAAACGAACUGAAAAACAACAGUUCUCAACCUGAUGUGAGUUAGAAAUUUGGAGUAGAAUUUUUAGAUUGGUCCAUUAAAUAUACAAUUGUAUUUUUGUACAGCAAUUUUACUCAGGGAAGUGUUGGA